AUGCUUGUGUCUAGGGGUAAAGCGUUAUACCAUUUAUUUCCAAAAAAACUGGCAGUACCUCUGUCGGAAACUCACCCACUGGCUCACCAGAAUCUAAAUGCCCAAAAUGCAAAUAACACAAAUGAUUUCAACUCUCAGGAACAAAUCGGAAACAUGACGGUCGAAUUUAAAGUGCCAACGUGCGUUACAGAUCGAAGUACUAUAGCAAAGCCAAUACAUGUUUACCAAAUUCUUCAACAAAUUUCUGAGCAAUACUGCUUGGAUAUUCUUCUAAACGAUGUAAAGUGCAUAAAUGGCUUGCGAGCUCACGAAUCCCCACUAAUUCUUGAUAAAAUUGGUACACAUAACCUACUGGUUGAUUUAUUUGACCAACAAGUUGAUAUAAUAGUCACCAUUGUAGGUGAAUGA